AUGCUGCCUGGCGCAGCAUCCGCACUCCGAACAGAGACCCAGCUCGGCGAAGAUGUUCUGGACGCGGCCACCACGAAAAAGUACGAGACACUGUUGGAGAAGAAAUGGACAAGUGUUGUGCGGUUACAAAAGAAGAUCAUGGACCUGGAGUCCCGAAAUUCUGCUCUGCAAUCCGAACUAGACUCUCUCACCCCCGACUCUCUCUCCAAGCGCAACAAAGACCCGGCAUCCUGGCUGCCCAAGGCCCCGCCACGAUACACUCUCGAAUCCCACCGCGGCGCCAUCAACUGCAUCGCCUUCCACCCCGUCUUCUCGUCCGUUGCCACGGGCUCUGACGACUACACCAUCAAGAUCUGGGACUGGGAGGUCGGAGAGCUUGAGCGAACCGUCAAGGCCCAUACACGCGCCGUGCUAGACGUCGAUUUUGGAGGACCCCGCGGCAACAUCCUCAUGGCCUCGUGCAGCUCCGACCUCACCAUCAAGAUCUGGGACCCGCUCGGCGACUACAAGAACAUCCGCACGCUGGCAGGGCACGACCACAGCGUCAGCGCGGUACGCUUUAUUCCGUCGACGGGAAACUGGCUCGUCAGCGCCAGCCGCGACCACACCCUCAAGAUCUGGGACGUCAACACGGGCUUCUGUUUGCAGACGCUCCAGGGCCACACGGCCUGGGUGCGUGACGUUGCGCCAACCUACGACGGGCGGUACCUGGUGUCCACGGGCGACGACAUGACCGCCCGCCUCUGGGACAUCUCUUCGAGCCCCCGCGCCGAGGUCAAGGCCACCAUGAUUGGCCACGAGCACUACAAUGAGUGCUGCGCCGUAGCGCCGCCGACGGCGUACCCGCAUUUGGCCGUGCUGGCCGGCCUCAAACGGCCACCACCUGCGGCCAGUGCGGCCGAGUUUAUGGCAACGGGUUCGCGCGACAAAACGAUCAAGCUGUGGGAUGCGCGGGGCAUCUGCCUGCGCACGUUGGUGGGCCACGACAACUGGAUUCGCGCCAUUGUAUUCCACCCUGGCGGCAAGUACCUGUUGUCCGUGUCGGACGACAAGACGCUGCGGUGCUGGGAUCUGAGCCAGGAGGGCAAGUGCGUACGCGUGCUGCCGGCACACGAGCAGUUCAUCUCGUGUCUGCGGUGGGCUCCUGGCAUUCCCAAGGGCCCUGCCCUCGAAGACAGCAACGGCGGUGCAGGCACUCCCAAUGGGGAGAUCAACGGUGGAGGCACGCCCAACGGCAAGUCGGCGGCAGCAGGUGCAGCGGCAACUGGCGCCGAUGCGCAAAUACGGUGCCUUAUUGCGACAGGAAGCAUAGAUAUGACACUCAAGAUCUUUGCCAAUUGA